UUGAUGCUCGUUAUGACUAUGAGAUCUCUUCUCCAAUCUGGCCCAUCAGAAACUUAUGUAACUUUGUACAUUCACGACGCGUGAGUCAUAGUACAGCAUCUUGAUCACAAACCAGCGCUCGUGUCUUUAUCAUCACUUCGAAUCUGCCGGUAUACGUAUCAGCUGGCUCCAACUUAUUCAAAUAGCUGACGCGUUUACCUGGCAUCACAGUGAUCACACAAUGAUGCUGACGAGGUGCCUAUGUGAAAAAACAUGUAUAAAACGCCCCCAGCCUUCAGACAAACUAUGGUUUAACAACACCAGCCUCACUUAACUCUACAUCAUGUCUGCUGGGAUCUGGGCACCUGUGCCAAAGCCAUCAUCCAGGUUGGCGCGAUAUCGUGUAUUAUCCCCUCAUGCCGGCGUCCAUGUUUCGCCCUUACAGCUCGGUGCCAUGAGCAUCGGUGACAAGUGGGAGAAAUUUGGGAUGGGCAGUAUGGACAAGACAUCCUCAUACAAGCUCCUCGACGCGUUCUACGAUGCCGGGGGAAAUUUCAUCGACACUGCUAACAACUACCAAGAUCAAAGCUCCGAAGAGAUCAUUGGAGAGUGGGCAGAGGAACGGGGAAUCCGUGACCAGCUCGUGAUCGCUACAAAGUACACGACUAAUUACCAGCGCGGCAACGAUGUCAUUAAGCAGAAGGCACAUUAUACCGGUAACAACAUCAAGUCAAUGCACCUCAGCGUCGAGGCCAGUUUGAAGAAGCUGAGGACUUCGUACAUCGACAUUCUAUACGUGCACUGGUGGGACUGGGACACCUCCGUCGAAGAGGUCAUGAACGGUCUGCACGUGCUGGUGCAACAAGGGAAAGUGUUGUAUCUCGGUAUCUCAGACUCUCCUGCUUGGGUCGUGUCCAAAGCGAAUCAGUAUGCUCGGGAUCAUGGAAAAUCACCGUUUGUGAUUUACCAAGGUGCUUGGAACGUCAUGCUCCGGGACUUUGAACGGGAUAUCAUACCAAUGGCCCGCUCCGAAGGUCUUGCGCUUGCCCCUUGGAAUGUCCUUGCCGGGGGAAAACUUCGAACCGACGAGGAAGAGGAACGUCGCCGACAGACGGGAGAAAAAGGUCGCAUGCUCACAACUUCCAACUGGGAACGCAACGAGACAGAGAGGACGAUGAGCGCAGCGCUGGAGAAGGUCGCGAAAGAAGUCGGUGCGAAGCACAUCACAGCUGUGGCCAUUGCAUAUCUUAUGCAAAAGACGCCCUAUGUGUUCCCGAUUAUUGGUGGGCGAAAGGUGGAACAGUUGGAGGCCAACUUGGAGUCCCUGGCAAUUUUGCUGACACCCGAGCACAUGAAGUAUUUGGAGAGUAUCAUUCCUUUCGAACCCGGCUUCCCCUCCACAAUCAUUGGUGACGGCAAGCAAUACAAUUUUAUAAUGCAAUCUACUGCAUAUUUCAAAAAGCAACCGCAGGAGAAGGCCAUAGUUCCAAAUGUUGAUUAGUAUGGCACUGCUUAUAAUU